AUGACUUUAAGAGCUCUCACUAUUACAGGCAUGCAUGGGAUUCCAAGCAGGAGUGGUAAGCUGAAAGAAAUUACCAAGUUUGACGCUGGAUUUUUUGGCGUCCACCCGAAGCAAGCUGACUGCAUGGACCCACAACUCAGGAUGUUGCUGGAAGUGGCCUAUGAAGCCAUCAUUGAUUCAGGCCAGACUCUCCAGAGCGUUCGAGGGUCGCGGACAGGUGUCUAUAUCGGCGUGAGUGGCAGUGAAGCGUUUGACGCCUGGACAGCCAACCCAGACACGAUGGAAGGUUAUACCAUAACAGGAUGCUGUCUAGCUAUGUUCGCUAACAGACUUUCCUACUUCUUUGACUUCAAAGAAAGUCUAUAG